GCCGCAACCCGGGUGACGAAGAUGGUGCUCAUCAAGGAAUACCGUGUAGUGUUGCCAGUCUCUGUGGAAGAGUAUCAAGUAGGGCAGCUGUACUCUGUGGCUGAGGCCAGCAAGAAUGAGACAGGAGGAGGAGAAGGCAUUGAGGUGCUGAAGAACGAGCCCUAUGAGAAGGAUGGGGAGAAGGGACAAUACACACAUAAAAUAUACCAUCUAAAGAGUAAAGUCCCGGGAUAUGUGAAGAUGAUUGCACCAGAGGGAGCGUUAGUUUUUCACGAAAAGGCUUGGAACGCCUACCCGUACUGUCGCACCAUUGUGACGAAUGAGUACAUGAAGGACGACUUUAUGAUAAAGAUCGAGACGUGGCACAAACCUGACAUGGGAACAGUAGAAAAUGUCCAUGACCUGGACGAGCAGACAUGGCCAACUGUUGAGGUGGUGCCCAUAGAUAUUGCAAGCAAAGACGAAGUGGCCUCUGGGGACUACAAGCCAGAGGAAGAUCCUUCUCUUUUCCACUCGGCCAAGACAGGCAGAGGACCUCUAGGCCCUGAAUGGAAGAAUGAGCUGAAGACAGAUUGUCCCUACAUGUGUGCGUACAAACUGGUUACUGUCAAGUUCAGAUGGUGGGGUCUGCAGACCAAAGUGGAAAACUUCAUUCACAGGCAAGAAAAACGUAUUUUCACCAACUUCCACCGCCAGCUGUUCUGCUGGAUUGACAAAUGGGUGGGUUUGACCAUGGAGGACAUCAGGAGGAUGGAAGAGGAGACUCAGAAAGAGCUGGAAGAGAUGCGUCAGAAAGGAGAUGUGCGAGGCACCUCAGCAACAGACGAGUAGAGGCUCGUCGCUGUAGGUCAGACACUAGAGGCAGGCUGACUGCGUAAAACAGGUCCGAUUCGAGGCACCAGUGCUGCUCAUGAGCAAUGAGGCAAAUCAACCAAACCCUGUCAUGAUGAUGUCAUCGGAGACACGCCCACCACGCUGAGGAAGUGGCCCCGACGUCGCCUCUUCUGUCUCUUCUGUCUCACAUGAUUCAUUGGGGGGUUUGACACGAUUGGUUAACAGUACUGUACAGAUCCUCCCCCAAUCACACACCUCCUGUUCACUCAGAAAACAAUAAAAAGAAAAAAAACAUUCAACAGUUUUGCAUACAUAUAAAAAGGAAAAAAAAAAACUCUUUGCACAGAACGUAAAUUGCCUGAUAUGUAAUUGUUAGUUAAUUAUUACAAUGGGCUUUGUUUUUAUUCAGGUGUGUAAACCGUGACUCAGACAGUCAAGCCUUUUAAAUUCAUUAGAAUGUUGUUUUUAGCUCCCAUAAAAAUUAGUACGACUUCAGCCGGUAUUGGACCAUUUAUCCCUCCCUUCCCUUGUAUUAUAACCGUUUGUCUCUACUUGAUUCCUCGUCUCUCCCCUCAGUAUUGUCUGUACUCUUGUCCUGGCAAAAGUUUGUCUCAGAUCCCUCCCCCUUUGUCUCACUGUCCCUCUGUCUGGCAGUUGGUUGGGAAUAUUUCUGUUUUAAUUUCGAGGCGGAUCCAAGCAGAUAUAAUGCUCAUGCAUGAUAGAUAAUUCUUUGCUAUUGUUUUCCCCACACAUGCACACCGACCCUCCUCCUCCUCCUCCUCCUCCUCAUCUUCCUCCUCCUCUUCCUCCUCCGUCACAAGUGCAUGUGGACAACAGCAACUCCUCACUUAAACUGUCAUUGCAUGGUCGCUGCAAUGCAGCUUUGCUCAAGUGGACUGUAUGUGUUGACCAGAGAGCGGGUUAGCGCCCUCUAGGAGAGUCUGUACAAUACACUCGUGUGCAUAUGUGUGCUUGUUUGUGUUUUCAACUGCCUUCACUCUUAAAGGACUGUCACUCUUGGGACUGAGAUGGAUAACGUUCAGCUUAAAAUCGAGGCUUGUAAACUUGGCCUCCUGAACUUUGCCUCAUGCUGUCGCUGCAUGGCCUUCCUCCUUGGCUAGGGCUUUAACUGGAGCGCUCCCACGGCCUCCACGGAAGCUUUUUUCAUUUUCUUUUUUCUUUUUUAAAAAACAAAUAAGGAUGAGAGUCUGUGCGUUGCUGCGUGCAUGAAUCAAGGUAGUUGUUUUUUUUUUUUUUAUAUCUUUCUCAAACUACUGUUUCCUUUCUCAACUGACAGAGCAAAUGGGUCCAGGCAGAUCUGCCGUGUUUGUUGCAUUCUGGGUGUUUAGUUUUUUUUAUUUUCACCAUGUAUAGUGAUUUUUUUAUUUUUUUUUUAAGCUUUUCAUCCACAAGAAAAUAUGAGAUCAGUCUGAAUUUUUGUGGACUGUUUCUAGUUAAGGAUGAAAUUGCUUUGGUUCAGUAAACUGCAGUUAAGGUCGGUGUUGGGUGAUCUAGUUCGAGCGUCUUUAUCCAGCUCACUACUUUACUGUUUUGUUUUGAAUUUUUUUUUGUCUUUUUUUUUUUUUUUUUUUUGCUGCAUUGACUUGAGGUUUUAUCACAGCAGAAGCUCUUUGUCUUGAGCUUAGCGCAGAUCCUGUCGAAUUCUAGGGGAAAAAAAACUAUUUAGUGAUGUUUUAUAUGAUCAUGACGUAGCUUUGUUAAGACUUUGGAUCAGGUGCGUGUCUCCAAAAUUCUUAGGUUUGUGUUAUAACCUAUCUGUGUUGAAAAGAGAGUUAUAAGUGUACUUUAUGAUGAUAGGCCCAUUAUAGAGGUGGACAAACUGUACAUACACACACUGACUUGAAUGGGAUAUUCACAGGUUUGUCAUUCAAUACUGUACUGCUAACUUUAAGGAGGUUAUGCUGUUGUGAAAGCAGGUAACGGACAGCGUGCUGUGUUGGUUUAACUGUACCUCAUCCAUGCUUAUGAAUGUACAGCUGCACAGAUGAGCGGAUAGAUGUUGCAGGACGUUUCAAAACCUGUACAAGCAUGACAUGGACCCGUUAUAUCACCAGUACAUGAGGACAAAUGGAUUUACUAAAACACUAGAUUUGCAUGCUCGGCAUUUUCUUUAUUUCUUUACAGUUGCUUCUCCGAUCACGUUUGAGCUGAGCUUUACAGAAGCUCUCAGACAAAAAGGGAAAUGUCCUUUCCAUGGUAGGCUUCUCCUCAACAUCCAACUGGACUCAGCUCGACCUCAGAUUCGCAGACGAGGAGUGAAAAGCCUGAGCAAGUUUGAUGCUGAUGGGGAGUCGCCCUGCAGGCUGUGUGAUGUACAGAUUUGUAGCAUUACCAGUGAUGCCAGCCAGACUGUGAGGGGAGGGAUAGAAGCUUAGGGAACAGAUGGAGUCCAAAAUACUGUUUUCUUUCUGUAAUCAUGAAUAAGCACUUGCAAAAUCUACUGUUUCUUUUUUUUUUUUUUUCUUUUAUGUUUUUUUUUCUUUUUUGUUUUUGAAAGACAAAGAUUCACAGUGUAUUCAAUUUCUCUUUUCUGAUAAGGCAACAUUCAGGGGAAUUAGUAGUGAAUGUAAUACAAUUAGUUCCUUUUUUUUUUUCUUUUUCACGGCUUUUCAGCUGUGACAGAAGGUCUAGACAAUGGAACAUAACAGAAUAUCUAAUAAAUUUGAACAAAUAAGAGAA